CGUAAGCACCCAACCCCUAUGCCUCCACCCGCUACUUUGACGAUAGAUCCUCGCACUUCUACGAGCGUCUUCCUUUCCUACACUCGAAAUCCAGGGUCUUCUAGUGUAAACAAAGCUGCCGGAAUGAAGACCGCUACUCCAGCACAUGCAGCCUAUCGACCCACACCAGAUCGCGAAGAUCUUCUCGAGGCUGUUCUAAUGACCAAUACGCCACCGAACGUAAAUACGGAAGUGCUGGAGGCUCAUGAGGAGGAUGACGGAGAUAAGGAGGCGGCUGAGGAGUUCCGGAAACAGAAGCGCAAGUUUGAUGCACUCAGGAAACAAAACGGCGGCGAACUCACGUUCCGGCAAGACGUUGAAUGGAUGAGAAUUCAGAGUGCUGAAGAUGCACGCAAGAAGAAACGCAAACGGGAUCUCCUCAAGGCUAGAGAAGAGCAACUUGGAGAGCAAGGGGCGCAGGGGCUAUCGCUCUUCAUAGACGAAAAUGGAUCAAAUGAUAUCCCUAACGUGGAGAAUGAGAAUGAUUCGGACGACGGCGAUGAACUCGAUCUAGAUCCCCAAGUAGGUUCCCGUAAGCGUCGUCGACCCCCUCUUCCUCGAAAGGAGCCCAGGCAGAUUUCAAUUCAGGAGGCCGAGUACCAGAGUAUGAGGGUCGCCCUAGAGGCUGAGGUUGACUCUAGGAAGAAGAAAAAGAAGACGCAGAUGUCACCCGACAGAACUCAAAAUAGGAAAGGCCCUGCUAAGUCGAAAGUCUCAAAAGCUCGCGCCUCCAAAUCUUCGAAAUCGAAAGCUGAAAAAAAAAAUGCAAGAGGAGCUCGCAAGACCGCUCAACAAAAGCGGAAUGACCAGAGAGCUGUUCACCAAAUGAGCUCCCUGUUUACUGGAGAUGUUUUCGCCGAGCAAGCAGGUGAAGAUGCGGCUGAUGAGCCAACAUUUACAACAACCAGGAGGAAACAUGAAGCCCUCAAGGAACUGAUUGCCAGUGUACCUAUUGACCAUAAGAAGACCGCACGCUCAGAUUUAUCAAUCCUGCUGGCUGCUACCAAAGAUUUCGAUGGUCGUGGCAGCGUAAAACCUCACGGUAACAACCUGUGGCUCGUGAAGGGUAUGAAGACAGCCCUGAAGGCCUACCAGCUUCUGGGGAGUGCAUUCAUGCGUCGUCGAGAGAAUGCUUCGGAAGAGCCGCGAGGAGGUCUAGUUGCGGACCAGAUGGGUCUCGGAAAGACUCUGAUGAUGCUUGCAAACAUCGUAAACGGGAGACCUCCACGCACUUCAGAACACAAAACCACGCUUCUUGUAGCCAGCCCUAGUCUUCUCACUCAGUGGGCAAAGGAGAUUGAGACCCAUACGGAUGGGAAGCUUACGAUGAUGAGAUAUGGAGCUGGCACACGUAUUGAUUCCAACCGUUCUUUCGAGAUCCUCGCACAACACGAUAUAAUCCUCACUACCUACACUGAGGUCAUGAGGUCGUACCCAAAGAAUGAACCUCCAAUCGGAUGCCAGACUACAGAGCAGAAGAUUGUUUGGUGGAAGCAAGUAUUCGAGACUGAGCGCGGAGUCUUGCACCGAAUGGUAUUCCUGCGCGUAGUGCUAGACGAGGCCCAGGCAAUCAAGAACCACACUGGCAGAACCUCCAUCGCCUGUCGCGCUUUAAUGGCUCACCACAGGUGGGCGCUUAGCGGGACCCCAGUCCUGAAUGGCUUGCACGAGCUUUAUGCUUACUUCAAGUUUUUGGGAGUGCCACAUACUGGCAGUUUCAAAAUCUUCAGAUAUAAUUAUUGUGAUACCUCGGAUCCAGAGAACACGGAACGCCUGCUUGUUCGCCUCUCCCAGUUCAUGAUUCGAAGGACUCAUUCUGAUGUAAUGUUUGGCGCUCCAAUUCUCAAGCUUCCGAAAGCCGAUCAAGGAACUCACUGGUGCGACUUUAACGACGUCGAACGGAGCAUCUACGACAUAGUGCAGCAGCGCUUUGCUAAGAGAAUUAACUGGAUGGCACAAAAAGGGGAUCUUGAGACAUCGUACAGCAGUGCUUUAGUUAUGCUUCUGCGAUUGCGGCAGCUGACAGCCCACAUUCUUAUGCUGCAGUUCGUCAUGAGGGAUCUCCUUGAGCGAGAAGACAUUGAGCGAAUUCGAGAAGUGACCAACCAAGCUGCAACCGAUAGCAAAUCUGCUCAAGGCCUCCAGAUAAUUGCCAUUCGAGAGCAGUUGAAGGCAUUGUCGGAGGAGCAGAAGAAAACCCAGGAAGCCCAGGAAAUUGAGGAAUCUCCCAUUGAAGAUAUCUCAGCCCCAACAGAUUCCUUCGAUCGACCAAAUGAAGGGGUGAGUGUUGCCAGUCGAGGAGCAAAGACUGGGCGACAGUUCGGCAAAACUUUCAACUUCAAACCAUACCUAAAGAGCCUUACAACUGGCGACCACUGGCAAAAGAUGAAAGAGAAGGCAGAGUGUACCAAAUGCCAUAAUAGGCCGAGGAACGCUUGGAUCACCGAAUGCCAUCAUCUUCUCUGUUUCUCAUGUUAUGAGGAUCUGCAAAUUGAGGCCGCCGAGCGAGGUCGAGAGCACGCAAUGUGCAAAGCAUGUGGCAAGACGUUCCGCUUUGCCCAUGAGUGUAAUGCCGAUGGUGAAUUAGACGACUCUCAGGCCUAUGACGGCCCCGUGACUCGAUCUAGGCAGCCCCGUGUCCGGCCCGAACGUGAAGACAUUCGGGACGACUGGCUCUCCCUGGGCGGGAAAGACGUCCUCCCAAGCGCAAAGACGAUUGCCAUCAAAGCUCAAAUCCUCAACUGGAUCCAAGAGAACCCGGACGUCAAGAUCAUCAUUUACACCCAAUUUCUCGCCAUGAUCCGUAUUCUGCACAAAGUUUGCCAGGAAGAAGGCUGGGGCGCUGAGCAAUAUCACGGCAAGAUGAGCUUCACAGCGCGAGACAAAGCUAUCGCCUCAUUCGCAGACAAGCCGCAUGUGAAGAUUCUGCUAGCUUCACUGCGCUGUGGAGGCUUGGGUCUCAAUCUUACCAUGGCCUCCCGUGUCAUAGUGAUAGAUCCUUGGUGGAACUCAGCGUCGGAACAGCAAGCAUUCUGCCGAGUCUUCCGCAUUGGGCAAACAGAUACGACCUUCAUGACGCGAUUCUGUGUCCAAAACUCUGUCGACCAGCGAUUAAUUGACAUGCAAGAACGUAAGAAGAGAGAGAUUGACGAGGUCAUGGAAGAUGAUGGUUCUACUGUUAAGAAGAUGAACAUUCGUGACCUCAUGCGACUCUUUGGGAACCUCGAGGAGGACCCCAGCGGUAGACCAUUCAUCAUCGUCGAUAACCCAGAUUCCCGUGGCGGCCUCCAGGCUGAUCGUUUCGAUGAAGGCUACGCCGACGAGAUCUAA